UAUAUUGUAUAUUAGAAAUGGAUAAAGAUAAUAACAACAAAGAAAAUAAUAUUUUCAACGACCAAAACAUUCUUCCAUUUUUUAAUGGACAAACAAGUUCAUUCCACGUUCCUCAAACUCGUGGAAACAAUGAUUUCGAUUAUCAAAACGUCCAACAAAACUUACUUCAUGAUAACUCCAUUACUCAAACUUUUGGAGACAAUAACCUUCUUGCUUAUCAAAACGAUGGCGACAACAAUCAUCUUAAUUUUAACUUAGUUCAUGACAAUUUCGUUAAUGAAAAAAUUCUGGAGAUGAUAACUUGA